AUGUCGGCUCUGAACGAUCCGAGUCAUGGCAAGCAGCACUCAUUGCGAGCCAGUGUCUCCCUGAACUCACUUCGCGUCGCCGUGCCGCUCGAGGAGACGUGCAACGAUUGGCAGUCGCCAUUCCAGACGGUCGCCGGUGUUCCGUGGAAGUUCGCACUCCGACGCACCGCAGAGAAUCGCCUGAAAGUGGUGUUGACGUGCUUCUGCGACACACGGCUCCUUUAUAAGGCAAAGGCCAGAAUGAGGGUGACGUUUGUGCACAGAGUGCCCGAGUUCUCGCAGACAAUCGAGGAGAACUUUGUGUUCGGAUGGAAGCAACCGACGCACAUCGCGGCGAGAGACUUCAAUUGGAUCGAGUUGCACGAUCAAGGAUUUUUGGAUGCGAAUUACGAGCAGAACACUGUCGACUUUAACAUCGAAGUGUCCGGAGCGAUGAGCACGGCUCUCGGGCCGCCAGUUUCCGAUCACAAGCGCUGGUUCCACGAUUUGUGCAUCAAAGUGGACGACGCAACGUUUUUCGUUUCGACUGUGGUGAGUAAGCACAGAGGGAACAUCAGAAUAUCAGGUUGAAUGCUCCAACUACAGUAAUCCUAGGCUUUGCUAUACAGAAAAAGUGUCAACUACUUCAAUUGCAGACUCUCAAAAUGCGUUGUCGCUUCCACGAGCGCAUCACGGACAAAGCAGUGAAUGGAGAAGUGCAUUUGGACGACGAAAACGCGGAGGAUUUCCGAGAAUGGCUCAAACUUCUCAAUCAGUACACUUCCGAUAUCAAUGGUCGGUUUUGUUUGUCGAACAUUUAUUAUUGCGAUGGAUUCUGUAGAAUAGAGCUGAUAUUGUGGGUUUGUCGCUCCCUCUUCGCCGCCUGCAUCUCGUCCAACAGCGCCUUGAUCGUGUCCUUUUGCUUGUCGAGCUCACGGAGCACACGUUCCUGCUCGGCCGAGAAUCCGUCGCCGCCCACUGAAAAAAUGAUGAUUUCUAGUGAAAAUUAGCCGAAAAACUUACAAACUCUGCAUCUCGCAAUCACUUCUUCCACGUCCAUUCGUCGCCGCUCCUUCUUCUUCUCCUUCUUGACCUCUUCCGUCGAAUCCGGCUCUUCCUUUCUCGGCUUUUUCACUUCCGGCAGCUCCAGUUCCUCCUCCUCUUCCAAUUCUCGCUUCGCCGCUUCCUUCUUCUUCUCUUCCGGUUCCUCGUGCGCCAAAUCGGUCAUUUUCUGGAAAAAUUUGUCGCAAACAUGUUCCAACAACAAAAACCUCAAAAAAAAAACGUUUCUUUCAAAAAUUGUGUCCUGAACACGUUCUCUAGAACCAAAUGCGCGGGUUUGAGAGUGAAAACGAAGAAAAUAACGUUGUUUUUCCACGGAUUUUCACGUCCGGACAGAAAAAGGCACGAGAUUUCAGGGGGAAUGUAGUCAGAAAACGACAAUAUCACACGCGAAACGUAUUCGCGUGAGCGCCGCCGAUCGAUUGAGUGAAUGCGUCGUGUGCGCACUCACAGGACAGCAUGAAAUAGAAAGAAAGAGGAAAGGGGGUCUAGGGACGAGAGCGAGACACAGAGAGAGAGAGAGAGAGAGAGAGGGAAAGAGGGAAAAGUGCAAAACAGAAGCCGCCGCACGGACAGCUGCAUUGCUCGCGGAGCAACGAGCACAGAAGGAGAGGUGCAUUAAAAUGAUCUUGGAAAUCGUGUAGCGCUAAAAAAACUCAUGAUAUUUUUUUCAGCGAAAAACGUGAGCAGUCUCCUUCGAAUCUCGCAGCGAUACGGAGCCGAGCAGUGCGUGAACCUCCUCGAAAAGUUUUUGCUGCGAUCCAAACAAAUGCACGUGAUGGAAAAGUUGGAGCUGGUGCAAAAGUAUCGAUUGAACAAACUUCGGGUACUCGCCAACACUCUUUUCCUAUGCAAAUCACCAGAAUCGCCGGUUUUCAGUCCGUGUUUGUGGCCUCCAUCGAAACGGCGCACAAGAAGAGCGAGUAUGCGCGACGUGCCGAGUUCAAGAAUCUUCCGACCGUCACCCAGAAUCAAAUCCACACAGUUUUGCCGGAUCCGGACUGCUCGAACAAGCCGUACGACGGCAAACUCGAGAUUUUUGUGGCGUAUGGAGUGCGCGACGGCGGCGGCGGCGAAAUCGAAAAAAGUGCCAUCGAAGUUAUUGGCGAGUUGCGGUGGAGUGCGUGGGCGGUCGCCGAGACGCCGAAUUGCUAUGAGAUCAGUGUUCGGUGCGAGGGACCGCCGGAAGUGACCGACUACUUCCACGCCUCGUUCAUCUGCUCGGUGGACGUACUGGGCGACGGCGAGCUCGCGCGACCCGCCCACUACAACACCCGCUCGUCACAUCUCUUCGUCGACACGCACAAUCCGACGACGAAAUUGAUGGCGCCUCGAAACGCGGCGGACAUUGUCGAAAACAUGACGAUCCGCGUCAAGAUAACAGUGACCGACGCCGCAAACGAUUGCCAGAUUGUCGCCGCCGAAAAUCAACUGUUCACGCACUCGGAUGAGCCGUUCGUGAACGCUGAGCUCGUGUUGGAUAACGAUGCGAAACUGUACGUGCACAAGGAGAUACUCGCCGAAGCGUCGCCGUUUUUCGAGGCAAUGUUCAAGAGUUCGCCGCAGAACACUCAUCGAAUCGAGGGAGUCGAGCAGGCAGUGAUGGAGGAGGGGCUACAGCACAUUUACUUUGCCGGACGGAAUAUUCAGGGUGAGUUUGACCUUUUAUAGACGUACAAACCUCGUUUUUUUGAACCAGAAAACAAUACUGUUCCAUUUUCAGGCGAAGAAUUCGAUCAACUCGAACAGUUCAUCACCCGAUUCCGUUCGGAUCGUGUCACCGAAGAAAUGGAUAUCUAUAUGGUGCGAACCCCGUACACAGAUCGCCGUAAAAUCGCCAUGGCCCAAAAAUAUUUGUUUACGAACACUUUGGUAAGUGGACAAAGGGGUCCAACUUUUAUAAAUUUCCAAAUUUUAGCUAUCCUGCACCGAACGUGUUCACGGAUCCGAGGGCAUGAAAUUGCUCGCCACAAAGGAAUUCGAGGUUCCACUGGUUGGCGGUGAAGAGGAGGAAGAAGAAGAAGAAGGAGAAGGAGAAGAAGAGGGAAUGGAGGAAGAAGAAGAAGAGGAGGAAGAGGGAAAUGAUGGUGAUGAGGAUGAUGAUGACGACGGUCAGGGACCGGGUCAGAGACCGCGUCAGAAUCGAAACAAUGGCAACUUUACGCCUGAAAUCGGAGACUUCAUACUCAACCUGCUGCGUGAGACGAAUCCGACCAAUCUCGACGGUUUCGAUGACAUCCUCCACUACAUUCAUGGCGCGCAAAUCCGUUUUCCACAAGAACGUCUCCUAGAGCACAUGGUCCGAGAGGCGAACCAUCUGACCGCUCUGAUCAACCUGAUCCGAGCCCGCAACCGUCAGCACGUCUUCGUUCCGAACCCACGCGAGCCGAUGGAGCCUCGAGCGCAAGUGAACCUUCCUCAAUUCCGUGCACAAUUUGGAUUUGCCCAGCAGAACCCACAAAAUGUGCCCGUGGAACGAAUGGAUUUUGGCGUCGGACAACUCUACGACUUCAUCUUUCGUAUGUUGGAUGAACAAUUCCGAGUGGACAUGAAUCCGGCUCCGGCUCCGGCUCCAGUUCCUGCGGCGCCGGUCCCGCUGGAUCCGCACGAUCCGGAGCUCGCACAAGCCAUCCAAAACUUCCAACAACUCCGCGACUACUUGGCCAACGCGGUUCCGGUGCCAAUUGCACCGGCUCCGGCUCCGGAGAUGGAUCUUCAGGAUCGUCAGCUCAACGAUCUGCAUCGUCUGGCCGCGCUACAACGUCUGGCCAACUUGGCAGGUCCGGCACCUGUUGUCGUUGGGCCGCCCGCGCCGAUCAUUAACGAUCCGCUCGUCGAACAACUGCACAACAUGCACAGAGUCGUGAUGGAACUCUCGCACGUCUACACCGGCUUGAACGCCGCCGCCGCGCUUCCGGAACAGGAUCCACGCGACCGACGAUUGGCCGCCGCUCUGAUGCGCAUGGUGCGUCGCAACGUGAACGAGGUGUCUCACGUGCUGACGAUCCUUUUGCGCAUUUGUACCGAACUAACCGAAGCGAUUCCGGAUCUGCUCAGGGAUCCGCACGAGCGACAGCUGCACGAGAUUCGCCAAAAUCUCGCAAACGUUAUUCGACCGCGUGUGGAGGAAGAUCUGGAUCCAGAGCCGGCUCCAGCUCCAUUCGGCAAUUUUGACGCGCCACCCGAUGGUGAUCGUCGCCUCUUAGAGCACCUUAUGAAUCUGAAUCCGAUAGUGGCAGGACAUAUAAUGCAUGAUCCGAAUCCGCAAGAGAUUCCAGAGCAGCUUAUUCUGGCUCCAGCGCAAGCAGCUCGGAAUCGGAUGGGAGAGAUUCCAAUGGAUGAUAAUCAGUGGCACAUCGAGCUGAGAGAACCACCGAAUCGUGGCGACAAUGAUGGCGGACCGCAGAACGGCCGCUACCGAGUCUAUGCUCACGGCUAUGCUCAUGGAGGCCAGCAACCGAUCCGGCCGCCGUUGUCCCCUCCGCCGACUCCGCCGCCACAUCCGCAUCCGGAACUGGCUCACGUUCACGAAGAGGACAUUGACCAGCCUGACGUGGAUCCGAAUCGUGCUCCAGCUCCAGGUACCGUGUUUUGUGCCUUUAGAACCACUUUUCAAAACAUGUUCUCAAAUCAUAUUUUCAGAUGUGGCUCCAGUCCCGAUUCCAGCUCCGGAUGCUCCAGAGCUCCAGCAUGAUGUCAUGGAAGUGGAUGAUGCUCAUGAAUAA